AUGAAGUUGAGAUCGUUCUCAAGAUCGUUCUCAGAUUCAAUUAAUAUGGCAAAGAAAUGGGAAUUCAAAAACAUCUUUGCGAGAAUCGACUUUUUUUCGGGACUUGAUAUUUUUGCGGGAAUUGGGAAAUCCAAGAGUGUUUACACGGACGCCGCCCCCGAAAAGAUUCUGGGAACCACUGAGCAAGCCCUCUCAAAUCUAAGGUCCCUCGAGAAAGCCAUCGAGGCCCAGUAUAAAAGUCUCAGGAAGUUAGUCAAGAAAGCCGACAUUGCGCACAAAGAGGCACCGCAGUUCUAUUUAGAGGACCCAAAGAUUUCCCCAAAUUCCGUCCUAAUCAAUGGAGGGCCAGUAUGUGCCUUACAAACGAAACCGGCCUGGGAACAAUUGAACCGUACGAUCUCUACUGGGGGAUCGUCUCUUCUCGAGAACUGCGACUCAACGUAUAAACAUGAUCGCCAACACAUCACAAAUCACCACCGUGACCUCCUCCAGUGUCUAAAACUAGACCUCGCGGCUAUCAGGAAAUGUUACCGAAAGCUCAAGUAUAAUUUCGGCUGUGGCAGGAAAAAGGAAUUUAUAGUUGGUUUCUUUACCGAUUUCGAUGCAGUAACCCAUAGAUUUGACUGGAUCUGGAGAUCGGAAUGGAAAGUCGAAAAUUGGUCCGAUAUGAAAGCUUCUUGCAAACUCAUAUCGAAGCUGCGCGUACGGGAUGUGCGUAUUGACAAAUUCAACGAAAUGAUUCUUUAUCGGUCAUAUAUGUACGGAGAUGUCUCUUUUCCAUAA